AUGGACAAUAGAAGCUACUCGAACCUGCCAGACAAACUUUCUGUCUUCUCUGAAUCUGCCCAUUUGCCACUGUCCAGAUCCUUGUACCUGGACCCCCUGGUCACUCUCCAUCUCUAUCCUGAGUCCCAGGGGCCCUCACCUUACCCAGAGGAGUUGCCAUUACUGCCCUUUUCCAGUGACUCCCUGAUCAUGGAGAAUUAUUGUGACCCCUGCCCUUUCCCCUUCCCAAUGCCUUAUCCCAGUUACAGAAGGUGUGACUACUCCUACGGGCCCGCCUUCAUCCGGAAAAGGAACGAGCGGGAGAGGCAGCGGGUCAAGUGUGUCAAUGAAGGCUACGCCCAGCUGCGACAUCACCUGCCGGAGGAGUAUCUGGAGAAGCGGCUCAGCAAAGUGGAAACCCUCCGGGCUGCAAUCAAGUACAUUAACCACCUGCAGUCUCUCCUCUACCCAGAAGCCGAGGCGAAGAAUCGCCCCGGGGCUGCCUCUUCCUUAAUGGCCACCUCCAGCCAUCACACCGACCCUCUUUUUAGAAUCAUUUGA